UCCGCAGCCAUCCUCGUCCGUGGCGGGCCCGCCGGGCCCCGGGGCGGCCGUGUGCGGGGCUCCGGCGGCCGUGCCGGGGGCGCUCGGCGUUCCCACUCCGUCCGUCCCGGGGGCCUGCGGACAAAAUGGGGCCCGCGGCUGGGGUCUAGGGACGAGCAGGCGAGGAGGAGGGCAGCGGGUCGUGCCCGGAGUUGGGGCGUGGGGACGCGGGAGCCACUGCGGCGGUAGCGUCUUGGAGAGAAAUGCCUGGUGAAGCCACAGAGACCGUCCCUGCUACAGAGCAGGAGUUGCCACAGCCUCAGGCUGAGACAGGGUCAGGAACAGAAUCCGACAGUGAUGAAUCAGUACCAGAGCUCGAGGAACAAGACUCCACACAGACAACCACACAGCAAGCCCAGCUGGCUGCAGCAGCUGAGAUCGAUGAAGAGCCUGUCAGUAAAGCAAAACAGAGUCGGAGCGAGAAGAAGGCGAGGAAGGCUAUGUCCAAACUGGGUCUUCGACAGGUUACAGGGGUUACUAGAGUCACUAUCCGGAAAUCUAAAAAUAUCCUCUUUGUCAUCACAAAACCAGAUGUCUACAAGAGCCCAGCUUCAGACACCUACAUAGUUUUUGGAGAAGCCAAGAUUGAAGAUUUGUCUCAGCAAGCACAGUUAGCAGCUGCUGAGAAAUUCAAAGUUCAAGGUGAAGCUGUUUCAAACAUUCAAGAGAAUACUCAGACUCCGACUGUACAGGAGGAGAGUGAGGAGGAAGAGGUUGAUGAAACAGGUGUGGAGGUUAAGGACAUAGAAUUGGUCAUGUCACAAGCAAAUGUGUCACGAGCAAAGGCAGUCCGAGCCCUGAAAAACAACAGUAAUGAUAUUGUAAAUGCUAUUAUGGAAUUAACAAUGUAACUAUUUGACAGCAAGGACACUUCCAUUCUCCGCCUCCCCCCUCCCUUUUUUGGUGUUUCGAAAGUGGAACUACAGCUUGGUUUGAAAUUUGUACUGUUUCUAUCACUAAUAAAGCUAUGGCUUCUUGUUGGAUGAACUCA